AUGGCUCUGAAAUCAGCCUCACGCGGUCCAAUACGACUUCGACCGGAUGUAGUAGACGAUGAGAAGCUCAACGAGUUCUCCCAUUCCUCCGAUUACGAAGAUGAGCCCUCGAACGAGGGGUCAACUUCUGGUAGCGGCGAGACUGAGUCUGAGUCCGAGGACGAGUCCGACCUGCUAGAGGGCGUGGCGCAGACUUCAGAAGCUGGAAAUCCUGACGAUGCUGGACAAGAGUCAUCUAAAAGUGCUCUAAACGACAUCAGUUUCGGUGUGCUAGCAGAGGCGCAAGAGAGAUACGCUCCGCCAUCGAAAAAACGAAAAUGGUCUCAGAACGCUGCAGAUCCGGGGGCCGUGCAAGAAGACAACGACCAAAAGUCACAGAAUCGUGCGAAGGAUAUGAAGAAGCCAAAUAAGAUCUCGAGGACGUCAAAGCAUGCCCCCACGGUUUUGUCGUCGCGACAACAAGUCUCGAGAAAGAGAGACGUUUUUGAGCCUUCCCCAGCGAUCAAGUCCCGAGACCCUCGUUUCGACCCGACUAUCAUGUCCUCCACUUUUGACAAAAACACUGUGGACAAAGCCAACAAGAACUACGCCUUCCUCACCACUUACCAAGCAGUAGAGAUUCUGGACUUGAAAGCUCAGAUCAAAAAGACCAAGGAUCCAGAGUUGGUGGCAGCUCUGAAACGAAAAGUCAUGUCGGCCGAAGCUAAAAUCCGCAAUGCUGAAGCUCGACAGAGAGAGAGUAAGAUUGUGACGGAGCACAACCAGAAGGAACGCGAAGCGAUUCGAGCCGGCCAGAAGGCUAAGCCCUACUACCUCAAGCCUGGUGAGAUCAGAAAGCAAGCCGAAGAAGAGCGAGUGGCUAGCAUGGGCAAGCGCGCCAGAGAUAAAGCGGAGAAACGAAAGAAGAAGCGUGAGAAGUCCAAAGAUGCAAAGAACAUGCCCAGAUUUCGACGGGACGGCUAG